ACAUGGCACCUUUUAGUUUGUGAAAACUGCUUGACAUGGGCAAAGAAUAUAUUUCGAAGCCUAAGUGGAGCUCUACGCUGGGUAAAAUAUUGAAAUUGUUUAGAGCACGGCUGUGAUUUUUGUUGGAAUGUCAUUAUGUACAGGAAGUGACUCUCAUUUUUAUACAUUGCCAGCGCUAACAAUUCUUGAGUGCAUCAAGACCAAUUUAUUAAACUAAUGAAGUAUAAUAAUGAUAGACUAAUAGAGUCAUAGAAUGACAGCAGUUAUGGCGAAUGGAAAUUGGGAUCCCGCUCUCUCCCGGCUUUUAGCAUCACUGGAAGAAGCCAGACAAGUUCUUCCAAGCUCAGAAGAAGAAUUUGGGUUUCUCAGUGACUUGCUACAAUCAAAAGAACUGCAUGCCUUAGUAAAGGUUCACAAUAAGAUAAUCAGCAAUGGGAAAGACGAGAAGUUCCAUCCUACGCUUUCAAAUUCAAUGCAAAUUGCAUUGGAGGUUCUGGAUGUGGUUGGGCCGAGAGCUGCUUUAAGAGAAGAAUGCAAAGAAAUUUUUAUGCUGCUCCAAAAACCUCACAUUCAGGGUUUGCUUUGUGCACAUGAUGCAGUUGCACAGAAGGACUAUUUUCCUCGAUUGCCUGAAAUACCUCUUGAAGUGGAUGAGGAUGAAGAGACAAUUAAAAUUGUGCAGCUAGUGAAGAGCAAUGAACCACUGGGUGCAACAAUAAAAACAGAUGAGGAGACGGGAAAAAUUGUAAUUGCUCGUAUUAUGCAUGGAGGGGCUGCAGAUCGAUCAGGUCUCAUCCAUGUAGGGGAUGAGGUGUGUGAAGUUAAUGGCAUCAAUGUUGAAGGGAAAACGCCUAAUGACGUCCUCAAAAUACUGCAAAAUUCUGAAGGGACAAUAACCUUCAAGUUGGUUCCAGCAGAUGGAAAAGUAGGCAUUCGGGAAAGUAAAGUACGAGUACGUGCCCAUUUUGACUAUUCAUCUUCAACUGAUCCCUACAUACCAUGCAAGGAGGCAGGACUUGAUUUUAUAAAGGGAGAUGUGUUGCACAUUGUAAGCCAAGAUGAUGCUUAUUGGUGGCAGGCCAGGAGGGAAGGAGAUCGUAAUAUGAGGGCUGGACUGAUACCCAGCCGAGCACUGCAGGAGCGUAGAAUUCUACAUGAGCGAACCCAGCAGGAUAAAACAUCAGAGGAAGAUUACACUGUAGGUUUCUCCCCCCUUCCUGACGGUAAAUGGUCAUACAGCGAUGUGGUUUGGUCAUUAGGCUUACAUUUGCUGCCCGCUAACUUCCCUGUAGGUUUGUGCUCUGUUUCAGUCCUCCCUGGGUGUCAGUCCCCUAAGUCCCCUCGCUGUGCCUCUAAACCUAAAACUAAAAAGAUUAUGUAUGACACAGCCGAGAAUGAUGACUUUGACCGUGAGGAGAUUGCCACAUACGAGGAAGUGGCAAAGCUUUACCCACGCCCGGGGCUUCACAGACCCGUGGUACUCAUCGGGCCUCCGGGUGUUGGGCGCAAUGAGCUCAAGCGGAGACUCAUUGCUACCGACCAAGAAAAAUAUAAGACUCCUAUCCCAUACACAUCUCGUUCUAUGAGACAUGGAGAAGUGAAUGGAAAGGAAUAUUUUUUUGUAACGAGAGAAAAAAUGGAAGAAGAGAUUGAAGCUGGAAAAUUCAUAGAAUUUGGGGAAUACAAAGGGAAUUUGUAUGGUACAUCAGCAGAAAGUGUCAAGUCAUUAGUAAAUGCUGGAUAUGUCUGCAUCUUGAAUCCACAUUACCAAGCCCUGAAAAUGUUGAGGAUUCCUCAGUUGAAACCAUUUUUAAUUUACAUCAAGCCACCAGAAUUUGAUAUUCUGAAAGAGACUCGUAACGCAUGUUAUGCCAGAUCUACAUUUGAUGAAAAUAAUUCAAGAGGGUUUACUGAUGACGAAUUUCGAGAAAUGCUGCAUAGUAGUGAACGUAUAGAGUUCUUGUAUGGGCACCUGUUUGAUAAAGUUAUUGAGAAUUCCGAUUUGUCAACAGCAUUCGAACAACUAUUACUAGCUGUAAAGAAAGUAGAAACAGAGCCUCUGUGGGUGCCAGCCUCUUGGGUUCAGUGACAACAUUCAGGAAGAUCCAUGACCAAUAAAUUAUCAUUGAUGAAGAGUGACAUUGAAGGAAGAAAGUAUUUGAAUAUAUGCCCAUUUUCAAAGUGCUCCUUGUUGUUGGCAUGGACUUCGUUUUCAUAUAUAGAAGCUGUGCGACAUUUGUCAUUAUCAAGUUCAGCUUGUUAUGUACUGUUCUGGUUAAACAUGUGGGGGAUGUUUGGGCUAUAUUCAUAUGUUUGCUUGAUCGUUAUUGCAAAGUAGUGUCGUUUGGGUGGGCACUGCUUCUCUCCAUGUCAUAUUAGCUGAAGCUCUUGUUAAUUGUUAUAUCCCAGAUAUGCAUGGGGACGUAUGUCAUUUAGCUCAGGCCUUGAAUGGUUAGGCCCUGACCAAUCACUGCCAUGCUAAUGUUGUUGUCAGGAAAUGGGACUUUGCAAGAAAAGUGUAUCUGUAGCCCAUCUCAUAUGUUAACUGCAGAUUUCAAUCUUGUACCAAAGAUAUCCAUGUUGAUCAGAUUUGUAAGAUAUUGGAGAAGGCAUGAAAAUUCCCUCUGUUAAUAAUGGGAUCUACAAUAAUAAUAAUAAUAAUAAUAAUGACUGCAGUAAUUAGUUUUUUUGUGACUCAAAUCACAGAUAAGGAAAUGUCAGUGUGCAGUUACUGAAGGUUCUUUACUACCCGAUGUGGUCACACAUUAGUUUCCUUGAUUCCAUAGUUUGCAGCUCAGCGAUCAUGUCACAUUGUGAUAAACAGGGAUAACUUAUAUUCAUUGUUCACUGCCAAAAUUUGUUCGUUAUUAAAUCUAGCUCACAGUUUACGUGAUUUGCAAUUAUCUGUAUCAGGCUCUGGAUUUAUGCCUGCAUAAUUGGCAACUAAGGUGACUAUGUUUGAGAUAUAAAUAUUGAAUACCUUGAUGUACAGUAUGUCACCUGCACUGCUCCACAUCUGUCAGUAUCCAUUAUUUAUAUUACAGCUGGCAAGAUCUCUGUGCAUAUCUCUCACUAAUACAUUUGUUAGGGAGACCUUUUCCCUGUUUAUCAUGUUUGUAGGCUGUUGGACUUUUUCCAUUUCUCAUGUUGAAAUACUGUUUCAAAUCAUGAAAUGAGCUUAUUGUAUUGUUCAAGAACACAUUGUUGACUGUACACAAGGAAUACUUCUAACAUUGUUUAAUUUAAGUCACAUUGAGUGUAUUUUCAUAUGUGUUUUCUUAAAGCUAGACACCAUGUCUUUGCAGAGGAUAUUUUGUAUUCAUCUGAUAUAUUCUAAAGCAUUGCAAUAGUAAUACUGUAGAACUUGAUUGGUGGUUACUCCUUUAUUUUUAUUUUACAACUGAACAAGAUCUUGACCAUUCCUAAAGAAAAUUGUAAAUUUACUGUUUUUACAUUAUGUAGUAUUGUAAAAUGAAGAUAUGGGAACCUGGAAUUUGAUCUUUGUCAACAUGGCUGAUAUGCAAUAAUUAGAUUUGUGUUAAAAAUUGUAUAUAUUUGUUAUUUAUCCAUUUGUUUAACAGGUACAAUUAUUAUGUAUUAGUACACUUUUUGUGCAAAUAUAAAGACUGGAGAUGUGCAAGAAAAUUUUAUAACAGGUACAUGAUGACUGAGAGCCGUGAUGCAGUGAGAUUGAAGUUUAGCAUCAGCACUUUUUGGAUGUAAUGAGUGAAUAACUUGUUACUUUAUUGUUUGUGAAAGGGGUUGGAUGUAACACUGGGGAGACAGUUUACUUUGAUGUGCCUCGCACACUGGAGUUGUUAUGUUAUCUUCAGGCUCAGAGUAUAUGCAGCUUCUAGUGGCCAGUGUCAUUCCAGGGUUUGAAGUAUAAUGACUGCAGGAAGAGUUUAGAGCUUUUGAAAUCAUUUCACAUUCCUUGGUAUGUUUUCAGGUUUAUUAUUUCAAUAUUAUAAACACUUAUGUACUAAGGAUUAUUAUUACCAUCGUGAGUGUAUAUGAAAUUAGAUAUUUCCACAAAAUUGGGUGAAAUGAGUAUGUGCAUAAUUUCAAGUGUAACUUCAAAUAAUAAUUCCGUGAUUUAAAUGUGCUCGUGUGUAAAAUGAGAGAAUUUGAAGAUGAGAUCGUAGGCUUAGAGACAUUUGUUGUUUUCCUCAGUUCUUCAGAUGAUAUUUGGAACAUAACACAGAACUGGCUAUAGAUAUUUGUACUGUUUCUACAGAAAUGGUUUGUGUGAUCUUUUCAGCAAGGGUACCAUUCACAUUGUAUGAUCAGGUUGGUCAGUUCUAAAGUUUUGUGUGAUGUUACA